GCGUUCGCCGGUCCCGGGUAAUGAAAAGUUUGGUUCUUGAUUGGAUUGAAGCUGAAAUGUGAACUGGGUUUGUGAUUUUGAUAUGGUAGCUGAGACUAUUAAGAAAUGGACAAAAGUUUUGAGAACCGGAGCUAUUGAGGCGAAGUUCAUGGGUGUUGAUCUGAGCACAAUCAUGUUCAGUAUGGAAAGAGGCCAAGAUACAUCUGAGUUGAAGGAUUUUGUGUUGAACCAAGCAGAGGCAUAUGAGAUGAAGAUUGGGGAUCAAGUUUUUCGAAGGCCUGGAGAUCCUCCUUUGGAGAAACUUGUUGCAGAGCUCCACAAUGAGAAAAGCAAGCUGGAUAAUACUAGUCCCCCCAAAAAAGACGAUUUCAAAGAAGAGUUGUAGUUGACUAGUAAUCCUCCUGGUAUGAAAAAACCAUAUUGCAGAUUAAUGCUCUGCUUAUUAGGUCUGUAGUCUCUGAUUGCUGCAUUUUGUUUGGCAUAUGGUUUGAGUUGUCCCUUUCUGUUUUCCUUGAGCAGAUGCCUUCUUUGUUAGUGGUGAGCUUCUUUUGUAUCCAAAAACAUCAAAAAGGAGUAAGAAAAUGUCAAUGUCUUGUC